CUCUUUCGAAGAGACGAAGAGGCGAAACUCUAGAAAGAGUAUGUGAAGAUGUUGAGAGCUGCGGGGAGGAGACUUUCUUUUGUGUCAUGGCGGCCUAACCAGACAGCUUCGGCAAUUGUCUCCAAGAAUUUGAUCGGCGGAGAUUCCCCCUCGGAUGAAUUCUACUUCAGAUCGGCAUUUCGUGAUGCGGCUAAAGGGUUUGCUUGUGAAUCAUCAUCACUUACUCCAAGACAUGAUGGACUUGGGAUGAUAUCAGAUGAUCACCUUCCACCAACCGUAGCUUCUGUGAAGAAUCCGACCCCAAAGAUUGUUUACGAUGAGUACAACCAUGAGCGUUUGCCUCCAGGUGCAGGUGAUCCUGAAAAGAAGGCAUUUGCCUAUUUGGUGUUAGCAGGUGGGAGAUUUAUAUAUGCAUCACUGAUUAGGCUCUUGAUCCUCAAAUUCGUGAUGAGUAUGUCUCCAAGCAAGGAUGUUCUCGCACUUUCCUCACUGGAGGCUGAUAUCUCAGGAAUUGAGCCGGGGAGUACUGUGAGUGUGAAGUGGCGUGGGAAGCCAGUGUUUAUAAAGCAUAGAACAAAAGAGGACAUUAAGCUGGCAAACAGUGUGGACUUGAGAUAUCUGAGGCAUCCAGAGGAGGACUCAGAAAGGGUUAAGAAGCCAGAAUGGCUUGUUGUAAUAGGGGUGUGUACACAUCUGGGUUGCAUCCCAUUACCAAAUGCUGGGGACUAUGGAGGGUGGUUUUGCCCAUGCCAUGGCUCCCACUAUGACACAUCAGGCAGGGUACGCAAGGGCCCUGCACCCUACAACCUGGUGGUACCUCCUCACAUCUUCUUGGAUGAGACCAAGCUACUCAUUGGAGUUGCCUGAUGAAAAGAUC